CGCCGUCCAGCUAGUCUUUCCCGGAAAUGACGCUAGACCCGCCCCUGAGGAAGUGACAACAGGAGUGCCCUUGACGGGCAGGCCGGCUGGGCUCUGCGUCCCUCUGCUCGCACUGCCGGGAGAUGGCUCAGCGAUUUCUCCUGAGGAGGUUCCUGACCUCAGUCACCUCCAGGAAGCCUUCCCAGGGUGUGUGGGCUUCUCUCACCUCUCGGACCCUGCAGACCCCUCGGUACAAUGCUGGUGGUCUAACAGGAACGCCCAGCUCGGCCCGGACAGUUCACACCACCAGAGUCUGUUCAACAACCUUUAACGUCCAGGAUGGACCUGACUUUCAAGACAGAGUUGUCAACAGUGAGACUCCAGUUGUUGUGGACUUCCAUGCACAGUGGUGUGGUCCCUGCAAGAUUCUAGGACCGCGGUUAGAGAAGAUGGUAGCCAAACAGCACGGGAAGGUGGUGAUGGCCAAAGUGGACAUUGACGAUCACACAGACCUUGCAAUUGAGUACGAGGUGUCAGCUGUGCCUACUGUGCUGGCCAUCAAGAACGGGGACGUGGUGGACAAGUUUGUAGGCAUCAAGGACGAGGACCAGCUAGAAGCCUUCCUGAAGAAGUUGAUUGGCUGACAAGCAGGGAAGAGGCCUGACUGCCCUUGCCUGCUGGAAGCCUGUUUGUGGGGGAGCCUAGUAGAACUCCCAGCCCUCAGCCGUGGUCAUCCUUCCUGCUCCGCCCCUCAGCUUUGUUCUUGUGGGUCUUGCCUGCGGCAGCAGACCUCCAAACUUCAGAGGCAACCCUCAGCCAGGGUGGCCAGGAGAGGGCCAGUGCUGCCGCUGGUGUGGGGGGCAUCCUGUGCACCUCCUACUGUGUGCUCUGCACAGGUGGUCACCCAGUCCCCAUCUCCGCUGCCCUCUGAUCUGAAGCCCCAGCCCCACACAUUUGCCUCUGGCACAUUUCCUCUCCUGUCUCUGCUUGAAAAGGAAAUCAGAAGCCAAACAGGUGAGAGUAAUGUGUAAUUCUCUCAUUUGUUGUAGGUCUGUAAUAAAGAACUUAAUGUGACCCUUCUACCUCUUGCUGUGAAGAACAGAGCCCACCCCAUACCUUAUAUCUGCCCAUCUGUUCCUUCUGUUCCCUGUCCCCUCCCUGAGUUAGCUGGGCCUUGGUUCUGGUUCCGUGAGCAGGAGGAGGAGCUAUGAACAAGUCAGACCAAUAAAACCAGGUUUGCACUGCCA